AGUACUCUGUUUUCUUUCACCUUAUCAUCAUCUUCCAUCUCCCCAUCAACAGAGGCAAACGAAUCAUUCCCACUUCUCAGUGUGAAGAGGCAAAAGCUCAAUCGACACAGUCCCUUCAUUAUUGACUGCUUCCCUUCUCACUCUCUCUCUCUCUCUCUCUCUCUGUCUUUCUCUCUCUCCCUUCCCUUCAGCUUCGUCUGCUCUGUUUCUGGCGCGCUCUGAAUCUCUGUCCGACAACUGGGUCGGCUAAAGCUUCGAUCUUUCUCAGUGGGGUUGAAGCUUUGAAGGUGAAGUCAAUGGCUUCUGAUGAAUCCGAUGAUGGGUAUGGGUUUGACCAUCACCAUACCCACCAAGCCCAUCAACCCCAUAUCCAACCCACUCAGGGCCAGGCCCUAUCGAGGCUCUCUGUUUGCAGCAGCAGUUUCACCUGCUGCAACGAUGAGGAUGAUGACUGUGAUGAUGGCUUCUACUGGGAUGCGGACGUGUACAUGUCGAGGCUGUCGAUAGAGAGCUUCGACGCGGACGAGGAGCUCUCCGAUGACCCUAAGACGACAAUGAGUUCGGACUCCGACAGGGAGCGGGAGUGCUACUCUCUGCCGGCGACUCCCCCGAGGCGGCGCUGGGGCGCUGGCGCGGUUGUGAAGGAUUAUGCCAGUGAGAACGAGGCCCUGGCCCAGAGGGGCGCCGGGAAGCCGAGGAAGAGUGUGCGGCGGAGGGCUGCGAGGGAGGACCGGUCCGGGAGUGGGAUGGGGCGGAAGGAUGAUAGUUACUGGAAUGGGGUCAGCGGGGAAAGCGAGAGCGGGUGUGGGGUGAUGGUGAUAACGAGGCCGAAGGGCGGUAGGCGGUCGCUAUGCAUGGACUUGGAGGAGGUGAAGGCCUGCAGGGACUUGGGGUUCGAGCUGGAGCACGAGAGGAUGCUCGAAGUGCCGUCGAGGUUGUCCGUCUCGGGGUCAAAUCUCGACACCAACAGCAGCGGCGGUAAUUCACCGAUCGCCAAUUGGCGCAUCUCCAGCCCUGGGGACGAUCCGAGGGACGUGAAGGCGAGGCUGAAGGUGUGGGCGCAAGCUGUGGCGCUCGUAUCUGCAUCUCAGACUACGCAGCACAGCAACUGACCCGACCCAACUCCUGUCUUCGCUCGAUGAUUGAUCGCUGAGCGUGGAAAUUCAGCAUCACUUUGUUCUUUUUAUUUUCGUCGGGAUGAUGAAGGGAAGGAUGAAGGGAUUCCAUUCAUCACUGCUUUAGACUUCUCCAUUCUCUAGCUGCUACAAAAGAAGAGCCUUUCCACUAUAGCUUUGGCCUUCCCCUGUUUCUUUUAUCCUAGAGUCCUCUGUAGGGUAGAGGCCUUUUGGGUCUCGAGGUUGAGGUCGAUCUCGAGCAUUUUGCUUCCUUUUCUUUAAUUUUAGGUUAUUGCCAACACUCAAUGUUCUUCGCUUCCCACUGUACAUAUCGUGUUACUUUGUGCAUAGUAUAAAAGAAUGAGUGCUCGAUUGGUAGUCGUA